UUCGAUUUUGUUACAUUUUAAAUUUGGUAAAUUCGUAAAAUACUCGGAAAAUUCUUGUAAAAUAGAACUCUGUGGAUUAUCGACAUUCGGAUGAACAUAUAUACCACAAGACUGUGAGGAAUUCAACGCAAGAAUGAAUCUGUUCGGCAUUUGUGUUUAUAGCGGACAAACUUUAGCAUUGUUGGGGUAAAUAAAUUAAACUUGGUAUGUCUUUAAUUGUGACAAGUAUUCUCAGUUCAACAGUUGGUUUAUUAUGGAAUAAGGUUCGAGAUUCGACGGCAGACAAACUCAAAGACGGCGAUGUAACCGAUGCAGAAAUUCGAAAGAUUGUCGUACGCGAGUUAGAUGAUAUUAAGUCUAAAAUCGAUGGCCUUUCUAGAUCAACAUUACUCGCCAGUUACGAUUUCUUUCAAGAAGGAGUAGGGUUUCUCAGUGAUUCUCUUGAUAAAUCAAAUCCCGAGCAAAAAGCGAGCGAAACUCAGGACGAAGCGGGUGAACUUUCUAGCGGUAUUCAGUCUGGUAUCUUAAACCAAGCAAUAGAGCUUCCUCGCACCAUGGAAAAGCUUAAAAUCAACUCGGACAGAGAGUUUGAAACUGCUAAAAAAAGAUUCAAAGAUGCGCGCAAGACAGCAACCACUGCUUUCAGGAAUGAGGCAUUUAGUAUCGAAGAUCGAAUUUUUGCUGCGAAGCUACGAAUAGUUUCAGAAAUACUGGAACAUCUCGAUAGUCCUGAGACAGCAGUCACUGGGUGUUUGUUGUUUUUAAAGAAGCUUCAUAGCUUACCAGCCAUUCAAGAGAUAUUCUCGGUGUACUUGAACGGUGGAGUCAAAUCGUUGUUUAAUAAAACUCGACGAGUCGAAAACGUCAAGUCGGUUAUGUUAAUCAACUAUGUGUUGUUUCAAUAUGUUGGGAAAUUCGGCGGAAAGUAUUUAUUUGAAGUGCCCGCCUGCAUGCCAACGAUUGAACUUCCUGAUCAUAGUUUCCACCCAAUAAUAAAUUGGAAAGAAAUUUCAACGAGCAAGUCUAUGGGAGAGGAAUUGCAAAACUUGAGUUUUUAUGCUCCGCACACACUGAAAUACCUCGAUGAAAAUAUAAAAAUGUACAAGUUUGCUGUGAACAGUCAGGGGGAAGUUCUUACUGUUUCCGGUGACGACAUCAUCAUCAUCCUUAGGACAGGAGAAAUUAAGCGGGUUGAAGUACCUGAACUUGGACGUUAUUUUCCAAUGGCGCUUGCUGUUGAUGUCAACGACAAUGUUUACGUGGUGAGAAUGCUUUUUACUGGCGGAUUCCUGUUGACAAUAUUGAACGACAAUUACACUAUAAAAGCAGAAAACAGAUUGGGUACUCUCUGGACGGAAGAUGCGUUUCAGGAAGUUUGGAUCGCGAUAUGCAAAAACAAAGAUAUCAUCCUCCAGAAACUCGGUCUUUUUUUAUGUUUUGAAACGGGUCAAUUGAAAUGCGAGUUUGAACAUGAAGUCAGUUGGGGAUUUUCAUUGAGAAUUUCCCAUCAGAAUGAAAUCAUGGUACUAACAGGUGUUUCUGAGACGGCUAAGGAAAACUGA